GCUGUCAGUCAAUUCUGAACGCGGAUGAAGAGAAGGACGGCGGGCGAUGAUUGGUCCAUCGAAGAGCCAGCAGCCUUCCAUUGUGGACGUAUCCGUGUAGCAAGCAAGCAAGCAAGCAAGCACAGACAGACAGAACUGGCUUUGUGACAGGAUGGAAAAGAAGGGGCCGAAAGAAGGUAAACUUUGCGUCUGAUUUUCGAAGUUAUGAUUUGAAACGUACAGACAAACGCAACGACACAGAGGGACUGUACCUACGAUGGAGGGCACAGUUCAGAAAAGAGGGAAGAGCCGGCGAGAGGAUGGCAUAGCGACGGCCGUUGACUUCCUGCUGGCUAAUGCCAGGCUGGUGCUUGGGAUAGGGGGAGCCGCUGUGCUGGGGAUCGCUACACUGGCAGUGAAACGGCUGAUUGACAGAGCCGCCCGCCCCCCAGGUGAAGAUGAGAAACCAGACCAGAAGAGCAUUAGCGAGACCUGGGAGGAGCUGAGCUUGACUGGUGCUUCCCCUAAACUGCUGAAGAGGGGGCUUGAAAACUCUGUGAACAAAAGCUUACCAGCUGUAAUCAAAAUAGAAAAAGAGGACUGCAGCGCUUCCAGUAUGGCUGAGAUGCCAAAGCUAGAGAUCCGCCGGGUUCCGCUAUGCGUCACUCUUCAGGAGAAGCUCCUGCACUAUUACCAGAGUCACGUGACGCUCUCCGAGUCGGACGUGGCCCAGGCCAAGCAGAAAGCCCUGGACGUCUGCAUGGAGAUCCAAGCUUUCCUCCGCAGCAAGCAGCCUGAGAUGCCGCUGGGGGAGAUGUCUCUGGGCGGUUCGCUGUUUGACGACCUUCAGGUUGUCUCCGCUGAUCACGCUUGUCUCCUGGUGCCUUUGCUGAUUGAAGAAAAGUUCUGGUACUUUGUUCCAGGGGAGGAGACCAUCCUCAAUACCCCACAGUUCUGGAUGGUCAGACGGACAAACCUGGAGUACUUUGGUCGGGGGAGCAGCUACUGGGAUAAAUUCAUUGUGGGGGGCUACCUGUCUUCCAACGCGGUCAAUGAGUCUUUGCACAAACUGGUGAUGGGGUCCAUGAAUUGGCCAGCCCUAGGCAGCAUGUUGGAGUGCACCAUCAGGCAAGUGAUGGGGUCCCAGGAGCUGAAGCUAGAAAUCCAACAGGAACAAAGCCAGCUUUUCAUUGAUAUCUUGCCAAUAAUAAGGUUUGAGGAGACAGUGCUGACAUCCCAGCCAGAGAGCAAAGGAAACUUUGAGAACCUGUGGUGCCGGAGCUUUUACAUGGAUGAAGCCACCAAGCUCAGGGACCUGGAUGCGUCCGAUUCUGGUCUCCGGCUAUGUUGCCUGAAAAUCCUUAAAGCGGUCUGCAAAGACCAGCCGUCCCUGAGAAGAGUGACCGGCGGGCAUCUGGUCAACGUCAUCCUGCACCUCAGCGACAUGGAGUCGGACUGGAGUGAAGCAGCCCUGGCUGACCGGUUCCUGCAAGUUAUCACGGAGAUGACUGGCUACCUGGAGCAGGGGUUCCUGCCCAGCUACUUCAACAGUGCUGUGAACCUGCUGUCUGAACUGUCUGCAGAAGAGAUUGAUGAGAUCGGGUAUACUUUCUAUUGCGCAUUGUCUAACCCGGAUAUGCUGCUUCAAAGAGCAGUAUAAAGUGAUGAUUCAAAAGCACGGAUGGACAAAGUUUUCAUGCCAGGGGCCCUAUUGAUUUAAUUCUACAUAGCCUCUGGCAUUGGCACUUUCAUUGCUGUCUAAACUCCUUUUGAAUACAAUGUAUUUUUGUUAAUUUUUUUUUUUUUGGUGAGGCAGUUUAGACAGUUGGAUGGUGUGUGUGUGUGUGUGUGUGUGACACUUUUCUAAUGAACAUGGCGAGUUGCUUUUUAUAAAUCGAAACUAGCAAGUUAAAGAGAACUCUUCUGAUGUAUCCAUCAACACAUUUGACCUGCUUGAAUUAAUUUUACAAAGACAGAUCUGAAAAGGGUCUCAUUUGUAUUGGCUGGCCUAUAUUGUAAUUUUACUUCAUGGACCUGUGCAUUUGUUGGUUACAGGUCAGUGGUAAAACAAGUCCAGGGUACCGUAGAUUUGCUGUUAAGUUGAACAAAAAACCUUUACAGUAUACUUAGUUUUCAUGCAGCGAGGAGUUGCAGGUGGUCAUUUAGGAUUCUGGCCAAAGAGAACUGCAUUUUUGUAGUGCUUUUUCCCUCGUUAAAUUUACAUAUGGUUCGUCGGUUAAUGAGAAAGUCCCCUGCCCAGAAUCUGCUUGGCGGUCUAUAGUUUUGUAGAAUGGGCAGAAUAAUUUGUUGUAUGAUUAAUAGGCAUUGUUUAGUAUUAUAAAAUGUAUUAAGUGUAUUUUUGUCUUCAAAUUUAAAUAUUAACACAUACAAAGUAUUUCAUAUUAAAAUAUAUUUUAACACACUCUGCUGUUCUCUCCCAUGUAAUUUGAUUUAUUUUUUUGUUAAAAAUCGUUCACCAUUUAGUGCACUUAUAACCAAAGUCUUUUCUAUGCAGCUGGUAGUUUGACACACUGUCCUCAAAACUGCGUAAUUCCUUUUGAAUUCUGUGUGUUUUAACCACUGCUGGAUUGGUUACUAAUAUGAGCUUGUCCUUGCUGGAGCAGAAUUUAAUAGUUUUAAAAUGAUAUUCAAUAAAGCUUUACUUUGUUUAAAAACUAA